AUGCCUAUGGCUCAUCCUUGGUUUAGAGGUAUUGAUUGGGAUAGAAUUUAUCAAAUGGAAGCUGCAUUCAUUCCAGAAGUUAAUGAUGAGUUAGAUACCCAAAAUUUGAAGAGUCUGAACACCAAAACAAUAGUUCAUCAAGAUCUGGACCAUGGAGAAGGAUGCUUUCAUCCAAAGAUAUCAACUUUGUUGGUUACACAUACAAGAAUUAUGAGAUUGUUAAUGACUAUCAAGUCCCUGGAAUGGCUGAACUUAAAAAGAAAAGCAACAAACCAAAGAGACCAACUAUCAAGUCACUAUUCGGGGUAGAAUGGUCUUUUCUGGUAUUAUGGCUGUUAUUGGCUGAUUAUGUUGGCUGUUAUUCCCUUUUGUCUUGUCUCUAGUGGUAGUAUAUAUAGUCCUUUUGUUUUAGAGAGUCGGUAGCUAAGAAUUAUUAAGAAUUGAAGAUUGAUCUUCUUGGAGAGUCCAUUCCUCUCGAAUGAAUGGGAAAACACUGAUAUCUUUAUCUGUUUCAUAGAUUGAUUAUCAAUGGAGUCUAUUUCUUGUUCAAAAAUGUAUAAGCUAUCAUUUUUCUUCAGAAAUACUGAAAAACAUCAUAACUUUUCGAGUAAUC